AUGGGUCACGCCGCAGGUCUCCGUGCUGGUACGAGAUACGCCUUCUCGCGGAACUUCCGCGAGAAGGGUAUGAUCCGCCUCUCGACCUACCUUAAGCAGUACAAGGUUGGCGACAUCGUCGACAUCAAGGUCAACGGUGCUGUCCAGAAGGGUAUGGCCCACAAGGUCUACCACGGCAAGACCGGUGUCAUCUACAACGUCACCAAGUCCGCUGUCGGCAUCAUCAUCUACAAGAAGGUGAAGCACCGCUACAUCGAGAAGCGCAUCAACGUCCGCAUCGAGCACAUCCAGCCUUCCCGCUCCCGCGACGAUUUCCUUCGCCGCGUCAAGCAGAACGCCGAGCUCAAGAAGCAGGCCAAGGCUGAGGGCAAGCCCGUCCAGCUCAAGCGCCAGGCCCUUCUGCCCCGUGAGGCUCGCACCAUCUCUGUUGUCGACAACAAGCCCGAGACCGUUGCCCCCGUCGCCUACGAGACCACUAUCUAA